UAAAUAUUUAAUUGUUUGUUACAUUUAUUUAGGUUCCAUUUCUAUUUAUUAUCAAUUUAAAAACAAAAUUAAUUUAAAUUCAUUAGAAACACAUUGUUUUAUGACUAUAAUAUAAAAAUAAUUUCAUGAUCAUAAUUGAAUUUAAUAAAAUGUAAUUAUUAAAUGUUACAGUACAAUUAUAAAAUAUGUUACUAAAUGUUCGAACUAAGAAUAUAAGGAAGGUAAUCCAGUUUUGCUGGUAGACAAGAAUCUAAGUGCCAAAUAGUACAACCUAAUUGUUCAUAAAAUGGCGAACAUUUCAAGUGUAUCUCAAGAUUCAACUGCAUCACCAAUAUCAGAGGAGAAGGAGCUUACACAGACUGUUUCUAAUAAGCAAGUUGAGGUUGAUUUGGAUGAUGAAAUAUCGGCCCGUAUGACUGCAUCUUAUAGUGAAAUAUCUUUCCAUUCUGAUCAUGGUCAAAUAUAUGAAGAACAGCCAAAAGCUCCUGGGCCCUCCAGGCCCUAUAACUUGCCAUCAGAGAAUCGGAAACAAGAAAAGUUUCCAUUGGAUAUUGAUGGCCAUGUUAGAUAUGAAGGGGACAUGACACACUAUGUUGCUGAUGAUCUUGAAUUUAAAAUUAAGUUAUCUAGCCCCAUUACAAAAAGAGGUGAAACUCCAGUAUUUGGAAGUUCCAGUGCAUCUCGAUCUAGUACCCCAUCGGGUAAGCUCUACAGACAGAUAUUAGCACCGCAGAUUGGUCAAAUUGAUAUAACUGUAUUGAAUGAUCUAGAGUAUGAAGCACAAAAAAUUGCUCAAUCUGUUGAUAAUUUAAUUGAAAACUUAUCAAGUAUUUUACAUUCAAAUUCUUCAUUGACAGCAGAAAACAUGGAAGUUUAUAAAGAAGCUGUUGGAAAAACUUGUGAUGCAAUGGAUAACAAUAUAAAGAGUAUGUAUACAAUAUUAGCUAAGGGUGAAGAGGUCUCACAGGCAAUGAUACCAGUUCAAGCACAAGCUGCUAGAAUAGCAGAAAUAAAGCGACUUCUACAGUUAUUUGAAAAUAACUUUUAGAAUAUAUAACUUGCUGCUGCUUUAUUACUUACUAUGUAACUGUACCCUAGACUAUACCACUUGGAAUAUUAUACUGUAUAUGAAACAAAUUUUCAAAUAUAAUAAGACAAGUAUUUUCAGGGAUUAUUACAUCUAAGCUUAUACUUCCCAUAAUUAUAAUUGUAAACUGUAAAAUAAGGAAAUCUGUAAAUAUAUAAGUUGUUAAUUUUUAUAAAUAAGUAAC